CCGCGAGGACAAGAGGAUCUCCAGUUCGAGGCAGGAGCGCAGUUCUCUGGAGCGGCAUUUGGGUCUCAGGUACCAGGGCCCUAAGCAUGUCCAAAGCUGGGGAGUGAGUUGGAGGAGAUGCCAAGACUCCCUCACUGGGCCUGCGCCGCAUCCGGGAGCUCCGAGAGGUUCUGAGUACCACAAUACCACCCACGCAAUUCAGGCGCCUCCCUGUGCCUGGAGCCCUGCGUCUGUCCCAGGCUCCAUCUGGCGACGCUCAGCCUCGCGCAUGACGUGUUGACGUCACGCAUUAUGGCACGUGCGGCGGGGUCCGCCAGGACUAGUGCAGAGGCUCAUGGUUACACGUAUUUGGAAGCGGGAGUAGUUGGACCUUGGGCUGCUGGGUGUUUCAUUUCCGUGUGGGAGGCGGCUGGUGGAGGCGAAGGCUGCAGCUCGGAAAGCUGGAAGGGCCUUCGGGGAGCUGCACUGGUAGUGGCCCAGCGCGGAGGGCAAGGAGGCAGCCUGCACCUGGCAUCUGCACCUGCACCUGCAUGAAAUGCACAGCAGCCUCCUCUAGACAGGACACUUCCAGGAGAGCCGGUGGAGAUGGCCUGUUUCCAAGGUGGAAGGAUCUAUCAGAAGAUAAUGCAGCUGCUCAGAAGCCCUUACUGGACAGUGAUGACUACCAAUUUGAUGAGAUGAGUGAUAUUCGAGGGGAUCCAGAAAGUCAUCAUGGACCUUAUAGAUGAGUUUAAAGAUGAAUUCCCUACCAUCCUAAGAUUAUCACAGUCUAAUCAGAAAAGAGAACCCAUGCAGAAAACAUCCAAAAUCAGAAUGGCUGUCGCCUUAGCGAGGAGCAACCGAGGAACAUUAAUCCAAGGAUUAAACAGCAUAUCCAGGUCUUCCAAAUCAGUGGCCAAACUUCUGCAGCCUCAGCUUGCUUCUAGACUGCUAGAGUUAAGGGACAUAUCGCAUCGUUUGCUGAGGGAAGUUAACGCACCGAAGCAACCCCUCUAUAACGUGCAGGUCAGAAGGGGUUCUUUGUUUGAAAUCAUUUCUUUUCCAGCAAAGACUGCUUUAACUAGCAUAAUGUAUGCCUCAUAUGCAGCACUAAUUUAUUUGACAGUCUGUGUUAAUGCUGUGCUGGAGAAGGUAAAGAAAAUUUUCCAAGAAGAAGAAUCCAUAAGGCAAAACAGAGAAGAGAGUGAAAAUCUUAGAAAAGCCUUUUCUGAGCCUGUGCUUUCUGAGCCUACGUUUCCUGAAGGUGAAAUCAAAGCAAAACCUUACAGGUCAUUACCGGAGAAACCAGACAAUAUUUCCGAUCGCCCCAAACUUCCUGCUAAUAAGUUGAAUAAUAAGAUCCAGGUUUUACAUUCUGUGUUUGACCAAUCAGCUGAAAUGAAUGAAUGAGCAAAUUGGAACAUAAAUAUCACUGAGUGGAGCCUGAGAGUUAUUACCUACUCACAUUUCAUCUAACAAAACCAGGAAACUAGUUUUCGUAUAUUGACUGCUCUGCUUUAAAAAAGGGGUGGGGAACUACUAAAAUGUCAUUCUCAAGUAUUUAUACGGUGGAGAAAAUAAAAUGAAUCUUGAUAUAGAAGCAUGACUAUGAUAUUUUUUAAUGGACAAGAAAGUGCACCCUUUGGAGGGUUAGACUUUAUGCUAUCGUUUAUAACAUGGCUAUAUUUAUAAUAUAUUUAUGUUUUUGUUAAAGACCUGUUUCAAGUAUCUUUCCAGUUACAGUUGGCCCUGGAUCAUGGGUUUGAACUGUGCAGAUUGACUUACAUGCAGAUCUUUUUUGAUAAAUAAAUACAUGAUAGUACUGGAAAUGUAUAUUUUCUUCCUGAUUUUUUUAACAUUUUCUCUAGCUUACCUUAAUACAUGAUGUAACACAUACAACACUCAAAAUAUGUGUUAAUCAACUGUGUAUGCAAUGAGUCAGGCUUCCAGUCAACAGUAGACUAUUAGCAAAGUUUUUGGGGAGUCCGGAGUUGUAUGUGGAUUUUCAACUGUGCGUGGGGUUGGCCGCCCACCCCCCUGCAAUGUUCAAGGGUCAGCUGUCCUCAGCUGGAGGGAAAACACCCUCCAUAUCAAAAUACUACAAAUCUUUUUCAGAGAUA